AGGAGCAAUAAAGAUCGCUGGUGCCGGCUCAUUCCUCACGGUCCCCCGACGCUUGGUACGACUGUAGUAGAACGGCAAGCGAACUGAAGUUUGAAACUACCAUGCAAAGCUGGAAGAGUCACGUGGCGGCCAGUUUGCAGCGCAGAGACCGAGCAGAGAAGCUGCCCUUCAUCGGCGUGUUCACGAGCUUGUCUCAGCUGGAGGAACGCUUCGACGCUCGGACACAGUUUUUAGAGGAGACUAGUGAGAGACUGCCGGAUCAGUGCGGAGUGGGGAAUGAGGUGAGACUGCUUCAACUCCAAUUGAGGGAAAGUGAACACCUGGCUGAAAAGCUCUCUCAGACGGUCUCUGACUUGACCACGGUUUUACAUCUGAAAGACGCUGAAGUGCAGCACUGGCACUCGAGUGUCGCCCGCCAACGCCAAGAGGUGCUCACUCUGGCCAAAGGCAGCAAGGCUCUGAGGACAAAACUCUGGGAUCACGAGUACACCAUCGAAUGCCAAAGCAAAGAGCUGACGGCGCUUCAGAAGGAGCAGGCGGCUCUCCAGGAAGCUCUCACACAAGGCCGCAGAGAGAAAGAGGAACUUUUACAGCGAUGGAUGGCUGAGAAGAUGCAGGAGGCCGACCGGCUCAACAAGUACAACGACGCGCAAGAACGGUGGCAACGCUUGGCUCAGCAUUUGAAGAAGAACGUCCGAAAGGAGAUGGAGAAAUCCAGCUGUGCAGCUGAAACGUCUGCCGCAAGCAGAAUGACGGCUGCUUCAGAAGUCUACCAGGGGCACGAUUGUCAGUCCGCUACUAAAGUCUAGCAAACUAGCAACCUAACCUUUUCCUGAAGCUUUCAUUAGAUCUACUAACAUACAAAUGUAAUGUCACGGUAGCAGCUAUUUAAAGGGAGGACGGUUUAAACAUGUGAACUUCUCCAUCAAAUGCAUCAAGAGGACGACACAAGAGGAAAAACAAUCUUGAUGCAAAUGACAAAUGUUUUAAUCCCGUCAUGAUGAAGACCAUAAGGCAUUGUGUUCUCUCAAAUGUUUUAUAUUAAAUAUAUCUUGUGACCAAGUUUUAAAAAAAUGUAACAUUUUGACCUU